AUGGAGAUGGUCGGAUUCUCCCAGGAGACACAGAGAAAAAUCUUCAGUGUUUUGUCAGCAGUUCUCCAUCUAGGCAAUGUAGAGUUUAAAAAAAAAGGAGACAAGCACCAUGAUGAGUCUGUGAUGGUGAAGAAUAUGGAAUCAAUCCAAAUCAUCUCUAAACUGCUGAAGGUGAAGGAGAGGUAUGUCUUGGAGGCACUGACACAGAAGAAAACCACUGCAGGAGAUGAAACAUUUGUGAUCAAUUACAAGAUGGAUGAUGCAGUAGCAACUCGUGAUGCCAUGGCCAAGUGUAUCUAUGGGGCACUCUUCGACUGGAUCGUCUUAAAAGUCAACCAGGCUCUCCUAGCGAAGAAGCAUGACUCCGAGCAUGAGGGUGACUCCAUUGGGGUGCUUGACAUUUUUGGAUUUGAAGACUUUGGUCACAACAGUUUUGAACAGUUCUGCAUUAAUUACGCCAAUGAACAUUUGCAGUACUAUUUCAACCAACAUAUAUUCAGGUUUGAGCAGGAAGAAUAUCAGAGAGAAGGCAUCCACUGGAAAAAUAUCGAGUUUAUUGACAACACCGGCAGUCUAGAGUUGUUCUCUAAACGUCCGGGAGGGCUAUUCUGUUUGUUGGAUGAAGAGUGCAGUUUUCCAGCGGCUACCAAUGAAACUUUGCUAAUCAAAUUCACACACCAUCAAAAGGGCAACCCCCAUUACCAAGUGUCUCAGCUGAAAGAAGGAGCAUUCAGUAUUAUGCACUAUGCUGGGAGAGUCAAGUACUUUGUCAAGGAUUUCCGUGAGAAGAACCUGGACUUGGUUCGACCAGAGAUUGUAGCUACACUGAAGAAAAGCAGCCUUACUUUUGUCAGGGAAUUGAUGGGCAUUGAUCCUGUUGCUGUUCUACGCUGGUCCGUAGUUCGAGCAUUUUUCAGAUGUUUCUUUGCUUUCAUCAAAGCUGGAAAGACAUACAGUAAAAAUGGGGGGAAAGAAAGUCGCAGGCGACCUAAAAAAGAACCAGACACAACAGUACAAAAUGUCUUAAAUGAAGGUUUGCAAAAUUCUGGACUGGUAGAUGAUGAUCAUCCCUCCUCUCACACUCACCCAAGACCACACACAGACUACCAUCUACAGCAGCAGAAAGAGGAGAUACAUGAAGAACUGCUCCUAUACAGCAGCCUGGAGAACCGCUUGAGUGAGAACGAAGUUCAAGUCAUCCGCAAAGCUCACAAACUGCUCAUGAGAAACAAGUCUUUCAGGCCAAAACCAAGACCUUCUCUUAGUUUCCACGAUAUCAAAGCCCUAAAGGCCAUUGCUAGUCGCACCAUGGGAAGCACGGCUCGGGCCACAGGAAACAAGAAGCAGCCACCGACAGUUGGGGCUCAGUUCCAGUGGUCCUUGGCACGACUGAUGAACACACUCAAUCAGGCAAACCCAUACUUCAUUCGAUGUAUCAAGUCAAACAAGGAGAAGGCACCAUGUGUUUUUGAUGAAGAGCUUGUGAUGCGACAGUUGAGGUACACAGGAAUGUUAGCCACAGUCAAAAUUCGGCAGUCAGGGUACAACUACAGGCUUUUGUUUGAGGAGUUUAUCAGUUUGUACAAAAUCUUGCUACCAAGGAAACGGCAACACACUAAAGAGGACAUCAGACAUUUCCUGAAAUCUAUGAGCUUGCAGGAAGAGAACUAUCAGAUUGGUAUCAAUAAGAUCUUUUUGAGGGAAUCAGAGAAGAUGCGGCUCGAUGAAGCCUUGCAUUCUGCUAUCAUGAAGAGGGUGAUCACUAUACAGAGAUGGGUGAAGACCUGUUUAGAGAGACGAGCCUUCUUUCGCCUCAAGGAGGCUACUGUGCUAGUACAGACUCAUAUCAGGCGGUACUUGGCCCAGCGAGACUUCCAUGAACAUCUGUAUCAGACAGGGGCUGCAGUUCUGAUUCAGACUCACAUCCGGUGCUGCCUGGCUCGCAGAAUGUUCCUGGCCAAGCGAGCUGCCGUUAUUUACAUUCAGUCUUAUAUUCAAGCAGUGCUUGUGAGACGGAGGUUCCUUGAGCUGCGAGAAGAGUACUAUGCAAUGUUAGCAAAGGAAGCGCAGGAGAGGAGAGAUCGGGAGAAGCUGGCAAAAGAAAAAGACCAGUGGGAGAAAGAACAGGAGAAUGAAAGAUUGCGUUUGGAAGCUGAGAGAGUUAGAAAAGAAGAAAUUCAGAAAAGAGACAGAAUAGUCAGAGGCAAAUUUGACAGAGAGCAGUCACUGGUUGAGAGGUUGGAGUUGGAUCUGAAAAGACGAGAGAGGAAGGAAGAGCUACAUUCAACAGCUAGCGAUGAAGGUGUCCUAGUUAAAGCGUCCAGCACAGAGGAAUUUGAGGAUAAAGAUGACCGCCCUCUUCCAAGGAGGGACUCAGAAGAAAGCAGCGGUAUUAUGGAUGGAUCUGACACUGAACUGUCUUCAGUAGACAAGUUAUCCAGAUGUACCUUUGAAACGCCACCUCCUACACCACCUGUCCAAAGAGUUCAAGAAACUAUGAAAACAUUCCAAAAGAUGUCAGAUGAGGAGCCAUUUCCAACAUCUCCUGAUGCUAGUGGAAGACCUCCACCCAUAGAGAUUCCAGGCUCCACCCCGCUUUCUGAUGACAAACGCCGUGAGCUUGAGUCCAUCCUGUCACAACAGAAGAGGAAGGAAGAGAGUGGGGAAGGAGGAGAUGACCUGGCUAGCAGUCAUCUGAGCCCUCUUCACAAGGCCAGGAGGCAUUGGAGAAACUGGGUAGGAGUCAGACCACCUUACG